GCGGCCGUGAAGCACGCCUACGGCCGCCUCUUCGACUGGGUCGUGGCGCGCGUGAAUCACGCGCACGGCGGCGCGGAGGGCGGCGCGGCCGCGUUCAUCGGCAUCCUGGACAUUUUUGGCUUCGAGAUCUUCGAGGACAACUCGCUCGAGCAGCUUUGCAUUAAUUACACGAACGAGGUGUUGCAGAAGCAGUUCAACGAGCACGUCUUCGUCCGCGAGCGCGAGCUGUACGCGCGCGAGGGCCUCGAGUGCGGCUCCGUGUCCUUCGCGGACAACGGCGGCGUCCUGGACCUCAUCGGCGCGAAGAAGGCGUCGCUCCUCGCGCUCCUCGAGGAGCAGACGCUCCUCUCGAGCAAGCGGUCCGUCGACGGCGCGCAGCUCGCGUCCGUCUUCCACCGCGCGCUCGGCGAGCACCCCGCCUACGCCAAGUGCCGCUUCGGCGCCGCGGGCUUCGUCGUCAAGCACUUCGCCGGCGACGUGAGCUACGUCGCCGACGAGUUCAUCGCGAAGAACUCGGACCCGCUGUCGCCCGAGCUCGAGUUCGCGCUCGGCGGCGCGGCGCCGACGGGCCUCGUCGCGGCCCUCUUCCCGCGCGCGGGCGGCGGCGGCGGCCACCGGGGCUUCGCGGCGGCGUCGUCCGUGUCGUCCAAGUUCCGGAAGCAGCUCGGCGCGCUGCGGGUCGCGCUCGACGCGACGGAGCCCCACUACGUCAAGACCAUCAAGCCCAACGGCGCCUUCGCGGCGGACUGCGCGUCGCGGCCCAUGAUCGCCGAGCAGCUCAUGUACUCGGGCACGCUCGAGGCCGUGCGCAUCCGCCGGAGCGGCUACCCCGUGCGGCUCCCCUUCGACCGGCUGCUCUCGGACUAUUCGGAGCUCGCG